AUGCCUAGUCUCGUGAGAAAGUUCGUUAUUUUCGCUACAGUCGACGGGCUCAUUUUACAGCAGAAUGAUCGCGGACAGCGGAAUUCGAUUAAUUCAAACCUGUCAGUCCAGAUCGAUUACAAGACGAGGUCGAUUACGUCGCUUUCGCAAGCUUCUUCUGAAGAAUCCAACGGGAAGCUGACGUCGCCGUAUUUGGAAGCGUAUGGGCUCGUGGGAUUGCUUAAUAUUGCUUCGUCGUCGUUUCUGAUACCAAUUACACAGCGCAAGGAAGUCGCGCAAAUAUCGGGAAAGCCGAUCUAUGCGGUUACAAAUGUCGCUAUUAUCCCCCUAUCGUCCCAAGAUGAUGCAAACCGCGCUAUCAUCCAGGCGCAAAAGAUCUCAAAGCAAGGUGGAGAAGAGUCUGACCAGGCUUCCACCAGCGAGCUAUCUGGUAGCGAGACUGAUAGCGGCGAUGAGGGCGUAAUAGCCACGCCAGCAGUGAGCGCUGAUACUCAGGAGGAGCUUUCAAAAAGUGGGGUUGCACAAGACGUUAUUGGGAAUAAAGGCCGUAAUAGUCGUUUUGCGCUCGAUUGGUUUUCUAGGAAGCGAUGGGGAGCACCGGGGACAUCUCGCGGGUCCCAGUCCGAUCCUACUCCGUUUGAUACCGAGAAAGCGAAUGUUCAAUGUCCAUCAAAACGAGAACCUCUUUCGCCGGAAUCCGAUGAGGUUUCAACCGAAGCUGAGGCAGCACCAGUUGUCGAAAAGGCUGCGGAGGAAGUUGAAUCCGAGUCUCGACUUACGUCCAGCAAGGCCCUAGAGCUUAUGCCUAAAUUGCUAAGAUAUACGAAACUGAUAUUUGCAUCUAACAAUUUCUUCUUCUCUUAUGACUAUGAUUUGACUCGACGAUACUCUGGUCAGGAUCCUCGAGCUGCUCAUUUGCCGCUACAUGUACUUGCUGAUCGGCUACCAUUUAUCGAUAGCGGUGACACGGCGCGAUCAUUUGUGUUGCCACUAAUACAAGGUUUCGUGGGCCAGCGUGAAUUCACGGUUGCGUCUGUAAAGAAUCAUGCGGAGUCACUUGAAGAUGUUGAAGAUCCCGAGGAAGGUUUACCCCCGCCAGCUACGGUAGUCAAAGAGGAGACCAGAAGUGAGACGUUGGCAGAAGAUUCACGGGAGCAGAAUUUUCUCCUGACGUUGAUAUCUCGAAGGUCUAUCCAACGUCCCGGAUUGAGAUAUCUCCGACGCGGCGUGGAUGACGAGGGCAAUACAGCCAAUACUGUAGAGACCGAGCAAAUCCUAUCCACUCCAGGUUGGGAUCCAUCAAGAAAAGUAUACUCCCUCAUACAAGUCCGCGGAUCUAUACCGCUGUAUUUCACUCAAUCGCCUUACUCGCUCAAACCGAUACCUGUGCUCCAUCAUACCUACGAGACAAAUCGGCUUGCCUUUGCUCGUCACUUCCGAGACCUAGCCAGGAGAUACGGCAAAGUACAGAUAGUGUCUCUUGUCGAUAGGCAUGGAGUGGAACUGAACAUUGGCGAAGCGUAUGAGGCCUACACACGAGACUUCAAUGAGAACCAAACGUCCGGUGAUCUAAAAUUAGGCUUUGAAUGGUUCGAUUUCCAUCAUGAGUGCCGCGGAAUGAAGUUCGAAAAUGUAAAGUACCUUGUGGAUAAACUUGUUGAUACUUCAAUGGACUUUGGGGAGACGAUAAUACUCGGAAAUAGAGUAUUGAAGGACCAGACGGGCGUUAUACGCACUAACUGCAUGGACUGUUUAGAUCGUACUGGAGUCGCUCAGUGCGCUUUUGGCCAGAGAUCAUUGGAACAAGCAUUGAAGAGUGAGGGAUAUACGAUCGAUCUGUUGGGCGACGCAUCAACACAAUGGUUUAAUACUCUUUGGGCUGAUAAUGGAGAUGCGAUAUCGAAACAAUACUCUUCAACUGCAGCUUUGAAGGGUGAUUAUACACGGACCAGAAAGAGGAAUUAUCGGGGAGCACUGAACGAUUUCGGCUUGACACUAUCGCGGUACUUCAACAAUAUCGUCAAUGAUUAUUUCUCCCAGGCAUGUAUUGAUUAUUUGCUUGGUAAUGUGUCCAUUCAGGUAUUCAGCGAAUUCCAAGAUAACCUGAAAACCAUUGAUCCUGGAAUUUCGAUCACGAAAUUGCGACAAAACGCCAUUGAGACAUGUAGCAAGCUUGUCGUGGACAAUCAUGUGGAGGAGCUGGUCGGUGGCUGGGCUAUGCUUAGUCCUCGACAGCCCAACACAUUGCGAACUUUUCCUUUUGAAGAGACCGUUCUAUUGCUCACAGAUGCCGCGCUUUAUAACUGUCGAUUUGAUUGGAAUACCGAUAAGGUCCUUUCGUUUGAGCGGAUUACUCUGAGCGACAUUCGACAUAUUCACUAUGGGACCUACAUAACCUCCGUUUUAACAGAUGCUCAGACCGACGAGGAACACAAUGUCGGUAUGGUAAUCAUCUACCAAGCCAGCGACUCCAGUGCUUUUAGAGUGAACACGCGGUCACUUCAGAGCAGUUUCAGCCAAGAUCUCCAAGACACGUCCGAAAGAAAGGAGGAAUGGAACUUGUAUUCCUGGCUGAGCGGCACAAAACGGACGUCCCUGCGAUUGAUGGCUUUCAAAGCGCUUGCUACGUCCACUUCGGCGACAGUCAACAACACGUCCUCGGAUGCUGCCAUUAGCGAAAAGGUUGCUAUUCAAUCUAUAUGUGAAGAGAUCGAGCGAGCCAUCAAGGUAGCACAAAGAGCAGAAGAUGGAGACGAGAGUAACAGCCAGUCCAUCAUCGAGGAGAAAGACAUUAUUUCGCUGGCCGAGGCUAAGAAGAGGACGGGAUAUCUGGAGCAGCUUGUUUAUGAUGUUAAGAAGCUGGUCUGGGCAUAA